UCUGUGGUCUCUGACUAAUCUGACUCUGGCUGCUUGGUCUUCGAUAACGUAGAAAGGCUCUCUUUUAUUUUAUGAACGGAUAUAUUUUUCUCAUGAUAUUAGACAUUAGUGUCUUGUGUUCAUGACUUUCAGGUUGUUUAUAUUGGAUUGUUUAAUUAGUGCAAAAAACAAGAAUUAGUAGUGUAGUGCGGUACCCGGAUACUCUUCGGAGUCUACAAACACUUAUCGUCAAACUUUGUGAAUUUCCAGCAUUCGAUUAUGGCCGAAUAUCUUGCAUCAAUUUUCGGAACUGAAAAGGAUAAAGUAAAUUGUUCUUUCUACUUCAAAAUUGGAGCUUGCCGACAUGGAGACAGGUGUUCCAGGAUACAUAAUAAACCAACAUUUUCUCAGACUUGUUUAUUACAAAAUUUAUAUGUGAAUCCUCAGAAUUCCGCAAAAUCUGCUGACGGAAGUCAUUUGGUUGCCAAUGUCUCAGAUGAAGAAAUGCAGGAGCAUUACGACAAUUUUUUCGAAGACGUUUUUGUCGAAUGUGAGGAUAAAUAUGGCGAAAUAGAAGAGAUGAAUGUAUGUGAUAACUUGGGAGAUCAUCUUGUGGGAAAUGUGUAUAUCAAGUUCCGUCGCGAGGAAGAUGCAGAAAAAGCUGUCAAUGACUUGAACAAUCGUUGGUUUGGUGGAAGGCCUGUCUACGCAGAAUUGAGUCCCGUAACUGAUUUUCGUGAAGCGUGUUGUCGCCAGUACGAGAUGGGCGAAUGCACAAGAUCGGGAUUCUGCAACUUCAUGCAUUUGAAACCCAUUUCCAGGGACUUGAGAAGGUACCUUUAUUCUAGAAGAAAGACAGGAAGAAGGCGUUCCCGCUCUCGCUCACCUAGAAGGCGCUCCAGAUCUAGAGAACGUAAAGGUUCUCGAUCUCCUCCUCGUCAUCGUGGCCGCAGCGGAAGAUAUUGAGAUUUUUUUCGAAGAGAAACCUAAGAAGAAUAAUUUUUCAUUGUAUUGAUUUUACAAAAAUACAAAGCAUGUUUGAUGUCGUACCAAAUAAAGUACAUUCGCAACCA